AAAGUUUGUAACUUUGUUUAUUUAUCAUGUGUUGCUGUCUUCCUUUUUACUGUUCUGUUUCUAUUAAUGGAAUUCUGGAUUUUCUUCAGCUAUGUAGAUUCCUUUCUAUGUUUGUCGAAAAAUCACAUGUUAUGCUUUCUGUUUUUCCUUUUUUUUUUUUUUUUAUAUUAUUUUUUUUCCUCAGUGUGUUUGCUUUGUUGGUGCCUGUUGCGAUUUGUCUUUGUCUUUUAAUGUGUGUUGGUGAGGCUAUAUGGAUUUUGCCAUAUUUUCUGUUGCAAACCUUUUCCUUUCUUUUUGAACUUCUAUGCUGUUUUUGGUAGCAGGAAAAGGAUGAAAACAUAAAAAAUGUCAGAUUUCUAUUGUUUGCUAAUGAGAAAAUUACCAGAAAAUGAUAUUUGACUUUAAAAUAAGAAAUUUUUACUUUUCCAUGGUAACAAGUACGGAAUUCUUCUUCUCUUAGUUUUUGCUUUCCUGAAUAGUACUCUUACUCUAAAUAUUGCAUAAUUGUUUGAAAUGACUUUCUGUAUUUAUUUGAAAACCCAUUUAGUUCGAGGAAAGCCCAUAUUUUUUGGAGCUAUGUACGACAAUCUGAUCCAGAGUAAUUAGGAAUAUGGAAGAUUUGUAAAAAUCCAUAGGGAAAUAAAUGAGAGAGAAAAAUUUUAAAGAAAAACUUGAGUCUUGCAUAGAGGCCUGCAAAGUUGAGUUUCCAACAAGAAAAUGAGUAUUCCCAGUACCAAAUAAGGUCUCGCUAGUGUCACAAAUUCAUAAUAAUUCUAUUAUCACUUUUGAUCAGAAAUGAAGAACGCAACCAUCUGCUAUCCCGAUAAAUCAGUGGAAUGCGGAAUGCAUGCUUAUUUAUUUGUGUUUCUGAAUAUUCUUCUGUGCCAAUGAAGAGUGGCAGUUUCAAUUUUCAGGAUGAAUGUAGCGAAGCAAAGAAAGCUGAAGUGGGGGAUCCUUCUGUAGAAAAGUUUUGCAAGCAGGAUAAACUUUCUGAAUUAGAUAAUGGCAAACAGACCGGUUUCCAAAUUCAUGGCCACAGGAAGGAGAAUGAAGUGAAUCACAACUCUGAAGACGACAAAGGUGCUGGAUGUGAUAAAAGUGGAAAAGAGAAGGCUUUGAAAAAGCCAGACAAGGUCCUCCCAUGUCCUCGCUGCAACAGCUUAGAAACAAAGUUUUGCUAUUUCAAUAAUUAUAAUGUUAACCAACCCAGGUAUUUCUGCAAGAACUGCCAGAGAUAUUGGACAGCAGGGGGUACAAUCAGAAAUGUUCCUGUGGGGGCUGGACGGCGUAGAAAUAAGCAUUCAUCUCCACAAUAUCAUCAAACAGUGGCACAUGCCGAUGCAGCACCUGUCACCCAGGGAGACACCCUUAAUUCUGAUAACCAUCAUCAUCCAUCAUCCAUUAUCAUUCCUGCCUCUGAAAGACCUGUCAAUGGAAUGGGGAACAGCCUAGAAUUUGGAACAGAUGCUCCAUUGUGUGAAUCUAUGGCAACUGUACUUAAUCUCAAAGACCACAAUAGAAGCGAAAUUAGCUCUGCAGCAGUUGGGGAUAAUUGUGAGGAGCCAUCAUCGUCCACCUCUUCCUUGACAGACACUUCUCCACUGGAAAAUGAAUAUUCUGGAAAAGAAAAUGAUGGUUCUAAUCCUACACAUCCCAUCCAGUAUUACCCUGUUCCUCAAUGGACUUAUCCUUGGAAUCCAGGGUGGAGCUUUAUGACUGUAGGACCGGAUAGCAGUAAUACAAAUCAUCCUUACAUGGGUUCUCUCCCUAUGAUGGCAGUUCCUGGGUUUUGUGCUCCUAACAUCACUUUUCAAUUAUUACCUGCCUCAUGUUGGGGUUACAUGCCAAGCUGGGAGGCUAGAAAAUUGGUAACGCCAUUGCAUGGGUCUACUGAGAACCUGAUACCUUCAUCUUCCACUAGAAACACUGGUUGUUCAGGCUCACCAACCUUGGGGAAACAUUCAAGAGAUACAACUUUACAGGCAGAAGAUCAAACUGAACAAUGCCUUUGGGUACCUAAGACAUUGAGAAUUGAUGAUCCAGAUGAGGCUGCAAAGAGUUCUAUAUGGUCUACCUUGGGUAUUAAGCCUGAUAAAAAUGAAUCUUCAGUAAGAGAUGGUCUUUUCAAAGCUUUACCGAACAAAUCCGGUGCUAAUUCACAUACAUCAGAUGCUGAUCAGGUUUUACAAUCAAAUCCAGCUGCUUUUUCUCGCUCUCAAUCUUUUAAAGAGAACACGUAAAAAGCCCUCAUCUAUUUUAAUAUGAAGGGAAUGUUUAUGCUGUUUGUCUAUCUGGCAUUGUAGUAUGGAAACAAGGAAUGCUGUGCAUAUUCUGUCUCAUGGUUCAAUUCCAAGUUUAAUGCUGUUUUGAAGAUGAAUGUGCUAGUUGAGAGAAUUUUGGGAUAUUUCUUUGGCUUUGUCAUAAGUAAAAGAACCUAUACACUGUCAAAACUUGAGAGUCAUGCAUUUUGUUUGGGAUUUGAUGUUGUGAGUUGAUGGAGAGUAUUUGUAAAAAUGACCUCUAUCAUCCAAGUCACAUGUUAGAAAAUUUGUGCAAUUAAAAUAUUUGACUUCAAAGAGCUUGGCCAGAAGAAACAGAAAUGACUACGACUAAGAGGGAACCGAUAUACUUCAAGUAGUCUACCUUUUGGAGAGAAUUGUGACCUUGGGAUCGUAGUUAAUGUUUUUCUGAUCCACCAUAUGAGAUCAAGAUAAGACACUAAAGAUUUACGUAUGUUAAGCUUUCUCUACCUUCUUGUACCCUGGCGAUUUUUCAAGUAGUUUUUUUUUGCUGUCAUACUUUUUCAUUCAAUCCCAUUAAAUAUCUUAUUCAGAAAAGGAACAUUCAAUUUUUGUAUCGUCUUUGGAUGUAAAUUAAACGUUCUUUUAUUGUUGAAGUUAGUAGCUAUGCACUUAGACAGAACUGCCCUCCUUAUCCAUGAGAAGUGACAGUUUAUGUUAUAGUUAACGUUUCCAUUAUGUAUUUAGUAUUGCCAAUAUGUUUUCUCUCAUUCAUCAACUUUCCUUAAAAAUUUUAUUGCA